CAGAUUGAAUUUUAUAAAAACAUAACGGCUACCAAAAACUCCAUAGCCAGAAGCUUCAUUCCCAUUCUAAACUUAGCUUCAUUCACUCUCUCUUUGUCUUUUCUUUCUCAGAAUGAGAAAAGCUAUUCGUAAAGUGAAGAAACCAGACGAAUCCACCAAGCUUGUUUUGAAAGAGGUUAUUGGCUUGACGACGACGAAUUGCAAUGGAUUGGCUUCGAGUUCUUCUUCUUCCUCCUCGAGCUGUGCAUAUGUGGCGGGAUGCGUUGCGGUGGUUUACAAUGUGGAUUCCGGCUCCCAAUCGCACCUUAUGGUGACUCAUCGAAUGCCGAAGCCUUUGAACUGUGUUGCCAUGUCCGAAGAUGGGCGUUUCAUAGCUGCUGGCGAGUCAGGAACUCAACCUGCGGUGUUAGUGUGGGACAGUGAGACGCUAGCCUUGGUAUCUGAGCUAAAAGGUCAUCUUUAUGGGCUUGGAUGCAUUGCAUUCUCACCCGAUGGGAAACAUUUGGUCUCUGUUGGUGGAUACAUCUAUCUUUGGGAGUGGCGAAGCGGUAUGCUGCUUACUAAGCUUAAAGCAAGUUCAUCUUGUUCUGCUAUUGCAUCAGUUAGCUUCUCAUCAGAUGCAAAAUUCGUUGUGACUGCUGGGAAGAAACACUUAAAGUUCUGGUCUGUUGGUUCAUCUCCAAAGACUUGUUUAAAUAAAGGGACCGUGUCAUUAGCGGUUCAUGGAAAGGCUGUUAAUCUUGGUCCUCAGAAGGAAAGCUCGUUUAUAUCUAUUGCUUCCACCUUCAGGACUAAUGGCGUUAUCAUGUGUAGCCAAGCUGGUGAACUUUUCUCAAUCUACACAUUGACUGACGCAGGUGUUUUAUGCCAUCUAGAUUCUGGAUUAUCAAUAAAAAAGUCUGUGGAUUUAAAGGUCGAAAAAGGUUUUGCCAUAUCUGUAUCAGACAAGUUAGUUGCUUGUGCUUGUAGUAAUGGAAUUGUGCAGCUCUUUGCCACUGAGACUCUUAAAUAUGUUGGAAGUCUUUUAUAUUCAAAGGACAAAAAAGGUUGUGCAGAAGAUGACAUUGUUAGCCAUGCUAAAGAACGAGAAAAUGAUACUCUUCCAGAUGCUGUUGCUUGCCAAUUCACAAUGUCAGAAAAGCUUGUGGUUAUUUAUGGAGAUCAUAGUUUGUAUAUAUGGGACAUUUAUAACGUGAACCAGGCUACAAGAUGUUGUGUGUUACUUUCACACUCUGCAUGCAUAUGGGAUAUCAAGAACUUGUGCUGUGAAAACAUGCAUGAUGAAUCCCUUGCAUGUGUAGCUAGAGGUUGUUCUGGUGGGGUUUCAUUUGCAACAUGCUCAGCAGAUGGUACUAUUAGGCUAUGGGAUCUUUCUUUGCAACCUGACCUAAUAGAGGAUCUUGGAGACCAGCAGUCUUUGAGUUUGAAACCAAUGAGCUACACAGGUUUAGUUAGAACAGGGACAUUUGAACGAGAUGCUAUGGAGUUAGGUUUCAGCACUCGAGGGUUUCGAUCAAUGGCAGCUAGUCCAGAUGGAAAGUACCUUGCUGCUGGUGAUUGUGAAGGAAACCUUCAUAUCUACGACCUACACACUUUUAAUUAUACAUGCUUGCAGGGUGCUCAUGAUGCGGAGAUCCUAUCCUUGAGCUUUAAUUUGUCAAGCAAGAUGCGUUCUGAAUCUGAAGAAGUCAUCAACGGGCAUUAUUUCCUUGCUUCAGGGGGCUAUGACCAACUUAUUCAUCUUUAUGAUGGCAAAAGGAAUUUUGAUAUUCUCGAAAGAAUCGAUGACCAUUCUGCUGCAGUGACUUCUGUAAAAUUUGCUUGCAAUGGCCAAAAGAUUCUAAGCUGCAGUGCUGAUAGGUCUCUGGUGUUCCGCGAUGUUACUGUCACAGAUGAUGGUUUUCGAAUUUCACAUCAUCUUCAUCAAACAGCAUCACGUGGAACUGUUUAUGACAUGGCUGUCAAUCCUAAAAUGGAAAUUGUGGUAACAGUUGGACAGGAUAAGAAGAUAAACACAUUUGACACCACUACUGGGAAGUUAAUUAGAUCAUUCAAGCACAAUAAAGAUUUUGGUGACCCAAUAAAGAUUACCAUCGACCCAAGCUGUAGUUAUCUGGCUUGCUCCUUUUCUAACAAGUCUCUUUGUAUAUAUGACUUUAUUACUGGGGAAAUGGUCUCACAAGCAAUGGGGCAUGGUGAAAUUAUGACUGGCGUCAUCUUUUUACCUGACUGCAAGCACAUAGUUACUGUAGGUGGUGAUGGCUGUAUUUUUGUAUGGCAAUUGCCUGCUCUUCUGUCCUCUACAAUGCUGCAGACAAUGAAGAAAAAGUCAACUCCGUUGUCUCCAAAAUGUUUAGCCCAGCCAAUAGCUUUUACUGAAACUAUUGUUUCUGAAGAAGACAGCAAAUGUAGAGAUGAUUCCAGAGUUAAAUUAUCACCAGAAAUGUUUGAGAAGAUUGGAAAAAAGGAAACUCAUCAAGGAGGUGACACUCAGGAGAACAAGAGAUUCAAAUUUAGCGUAUCAAGACUUCCAAGGUGGGCACAAGCCAAAUUAACAAGCUCUAAUGUCCCGAGAGAACACUGUUUGAAUUCAUCCAAGGGAGUGGAACCAAAAUAUGAUGAUCCUUUGGUCGCUGAUGCUCAAGGAUACUCUCUUUCCUCCCCUGAGUCUCAUAUGCGAUCUGGUAAUGAGAUGGGAUCCAGUGAGGAAUGCCCCAGUAGCUCGUCCACAUUUUCUUCUUAUAGUAAUGAUAAACACAAUUCUCCAGUACAUCGAGGAACCUUUAGCAGCUUUGCCAUGGACAAGCGUUGGAUCAAUGUAUAUACUGUAUGUUUGCCAAAUUCUCCAGAGGUGCAGGAUGUGAGAUACACAAAUUUGCCAGUGUCUUCCCAAAGUACAUGUAAGGUAAACCGCAGUUCUGAGUUUGCUUGUACUGAUCAGCAAUCGUUUGGUCUUGAGAGCCAGAAUAUGGAUGAAAGUAAUAGUCACAUACGAGAGGUGAGUGCCAAUGAUUCUAGUACUAUCUACAAGAAUAUUGGCCAAUACCGCCUGAAUAAUUUGAGCAAAUGUAACGAGGCUGUUACUGGGAGUGCUCCUGAAACAGAGCAAUUGCAUUCAGAUAAAGCUGAUGGCGAGUUUCAAACAACUAUAGAUGCCUGCCCCGCCAAGUCUGAAGAAAGUGAUCUGUUUAAGAAACACUAUAGUAGCUUGUCUUUGACACGCAAGAUUGAAAGAGGAAACUCAAUCAGGAGAAGGCACUCUUCUCGAUAUGUUGUCCAUCAGGACUAUCUUGCCGGCUGUAUAAGACUUUUUGACUCGCCCUUAAAAUCUUUAGGUGGAAAAAUUUUGAACUGCUCAGAGGAAAUUUUAGAUGAGCCAUCAUACCCGGUUUCAGUUUAUUGUAAACAGGACAUGAAGAACUCUGUUCAAACCUUGAGCACAGAAAACAAACUUGACAAAUGCAAUUCCGGAGGAAGCGAGUUGAAGCGAAAAAUCAUUGCCUGUGGGGAAGCAUUACUGUCUUUGGAUGCUGCAGCUGAGAGAAUAGUUGAGUUAUUUUCAGACUUACAAAAAACUCAUGAUUCCAGAGAAGAGAUUUCAAGCCAACCUGAAGCUCAGUUAUGUUCCAAGGCAGCUUCACUACUUCCAUCAAUAAUGGAUAAAGUUAAUGCAUUGGCAAAAUUGGUGCAAUCUUGCAACACUCAACCAUGUGGAAAGACAGAAGAAAAACAUUGAACUCUUCAAUUCAAUCUUUUAGAUCAAAAAGGUUAUUGAUCUCUAAAAAUUCUUCACUGUGUAUAUAUAUAUAAAGGUUGUUAUUUUACCUAACAAAUACAGUUGACAUAAUAAAAAAGCAUUAUUACUA